CCUGCAUAUAUAAGACACGCAAGGUUGUAAACAUAAAGAUAAGGGACUGGCAACCAAAAUAUUGAAAUGGACAUUGGUGUUCUACUUUGCAUAACUUUAGGCCUAGUUUGUCCGCCGGACUGGGAACACCAUGACAACAGCUGUUAUUACUUUAGUAACGAUACCCUUCCAUGGGAUGGCGCACAGGACUAUUGUCAAGAAUUUGGAGGUUACUUGGCUGAAUUAACAACCACAGAUGAAAACAAUUACAUAGAACACAUGUCGAAACACUACUAUCAUCCAAACAGUACCGCACAAGGGGAUUAUAUUUAUGGAUACUGGACCGGAGGGGUAAAAAACCGGACAGAUGGCUAUUGGUAUUGGAACGGUAGUGGACAAAAGAUCACGUUAUUUAACUGGGCUAAACCUGAACCAAAUGACCUUGCCGGAAAAGAAAACUGCAUUCAUAUAAAUUCAAAUGAAGGGUUCAAAUGGAAUGAUUAUGUGUGCGCACAGAAUGAGUAUUUCAUUUGCGAGAAAAGACAAGCACGUUACUGCCCAGAAGUAAUAGGAUAAAUGGAUAAUAUUGCAAAAACUGUAGUCACGUAUUUUUUUAGUAUUGAGAUUAAAGAUGUAUUUACGAUAAAGAA